AUUAAUCUGUUUGAAUAUAAAUCGCCAAUCGACACUCAUGCUUUCCUUCAAUAAAGGUUGAAUUCAUCUGACAAGUUGAGCUAUUCUAUGGGCUGAAACAACUAUUUGAGGAGAAAGUAAAAAUGUAUUUGUGUGAUAUUGAGCCAAAUCUCAUUAAAUCUUUUAAGAUCCAAACUUGUGGAUUGUAAAUGCUACACAAGGGAAUUGAUGAAGCUUGAAUAUAGGUUCAAAGAAACAUUGGUCUACUAUUACAUCAGUAAUUCAGCGUCAACAAUAAUUCAAUGCUUAUUCAGCAAUUUUGUUUUUUUUGGCCCAAAACAUUGACCCUGUCAACAAGGAACUAUUUGGCCAUUCCGUAAGAGACAGAGCGUAAUUUGUUUGCAGGUUUUACUGUUAUACUGUAGGUGUUCAAUUUGAAAUAUCUCAUUUUUAUUUUUAUUUCAGGCAAUGAUACAUUGAUCAGUGGAUGCCUGAGUGCCAUUUGUAGCAGCUGAGUGCCAUUUGUAGCAGCUAAGUGACAUAUAAAGAGCAAGGAUAAUGAGAUGCACAAAUUCAAAAAUCCGCAUGUAUUCAGCAGUGCUGAUGGUGGUAUCAGUGGCUCUCUAUGUGCUAUCUGGUUGGAGGGAUGAACCAAUCAAAACGCUUGAAACACUUCAUAGGGCACGUUCUGACAUUUCAAGAUUAUCCACCGGAAUGUGCGAGUCUAUAUUCAACAGGAAGGGAUGUCUGGAUGUCCCUGAGUGUGGCUGGUGCGUAAAUAAUGACACCCAGUCAUGUGUUCAUGGUACCAUAGAUAGAGCGGCAAAUCAUCAAUGCUCUAAAUGGUGUUUCGAACACAAUUAUGGAAAUUGUAGCAUGUAUAAGAAGCUAAUUGUGUUUGGAAAUGGGCCAUCUUUGAAGGGAUUUGACUUCUUAAAGACUAAAGGAGUAGAUACAUUAGGAAUGAACUUAGCUUUUAGAUACUGGAAGGAGAUUGACUGGUGGCCCACUUAUUAUGCAUCUUUUGAUACCGUUGUUAACAUUGCUCACAUCCCUGAGCUAACGGAAAUGAUUGAGAACUCUGAUAAACGUGGCAUGAGACUCUUCUUCACGAGAUCAAAUAUUGCUAAAGAAGUGCCUAAACUGAAAUCUCAUCCAAAAGUGAAAUUCUACGAAAACAUUAAAGCUGGUAAAACCCAAAAUAUGGUAAAAGUGACUCAAGAGAUCUCGACAGGUGCCUUAUCUGCAAGGGUUGGGCAGUAUUUAGGAUAUGAAAAGAUUCUGCUACUUGGAAUAGACAUGAAUUAUGUUGAGCGCAUCAAUGGAUCAACCUCUAAAGGAAAACAACUGCUAAUGAAAGAAACCCCUAAAAACAACUCAAACUAUUUCUUUUCAAAUUAUCAAGUGAAAGGUGAUGUGUAUAAUGUCCCUAACAAUGAGAAAGUUCAUAUAACAGCCUUCAAGCAGAUUUUAGCAGAUGCCAAGAAACACCCAGAGUUUAAUGUAGAAUAUUUUAAUGGCAGUCCAGUGUCAAGGCUCAAAGGAAUUGGAUUCAAAUUCAUGACAUUUGAAGACUUCAUGAAACUUUAAUUAAUUAUGAAAACUUGUAUUCAACAAAUAGCUACAUGUACUUUAAAUUUGCUAUUUUGAUUUAACAAUCAACCUUUUUUUAUCAAAAUCAAUGUAAUAUUUUUUACAGGUUUUUGACUACCAGACUGUUUGCAGAGUUUGUAACUGAUAAUUUUUUGCCAUAUAAACAUAAAGUCGAUAAUCAAGAUUGUAAAAACUGUAUCAUUUGGGAAUAUAAACUAGAUAAUGGCAACUCCGCGGAGUAGCAAAUCCCAACGAACAAAAUAUCAAUUACCGAAUUCCAAUCAAUUAUACUCAUUACUUUGGUUAAAAUUGAAAAAUUUAGAUUUUAGAAUUGCGAAUUCCUGCAAAGCAGCCAUUUUGAAUUUUCUGAGGUACAAAUCUGAAAAAUA